AAUAAUCAGAGUGAUGUAUCUUCUUCGAAAACUAGUGCCAAAUCAACUGCUGCAGCAAGGGAAAAUACUAAUAAAGAAAUAAAUGAUAAUAGAGAGAUGCUUAAUGGAGAUGGCAAGGUAAAAAUCGUUUCAGAAGGUGACCUAAACGAUAGAAAACAAUCGGAUACAAUUCAAAGUUUUAACGAGGACAAUUGGUGCGAAGUUAAACGCAAAAAUAGGGAGAAUAGGGUUCGCCGGGAGAGUCGUAGGGAAGAUUUAAAAAUUGAAAAGGAAGAAUUGGAGUUUAAUUUUGACGAAGAACUCGACGCAGAAGUUCCAGCCGGUCGGCAGAAUACAUUUAGCAGCGAUUGGGAUGAUGAUGACCAAGACGAUGUCAGUGAUCGAGAUAUCAGUAAACUUAUUAUUGUUACUCAAACACCAUCUACAAGAGCUCCUAAACAUGAAGGCUAUGAUCGAACGGGGGACUGGACAACUAGAGUGAAGAUGACACAAGAUUUAGAACAAGCGAUUAACGAUGGCCUCUACUAUUAUGAGGAAGAUUUAUGGAACGACUAUGACUAUGACCGAGUUUCAAGUAAUAGUUACAGGACUGUGAAUAUUAUAAGCCAAGAAACGUUCAAAAAAUUUGCCCCUCCUGCGCCACACAAGCCAAAUCCCGAAGUUCCUCCACCACCACCACCUGUAACUAUCAUACAGCCAUCGUCUCCUAAAGAAAAGUCCUCAGUACCCCAGAAAUCUUACAAGAAAAAGCACGAUGCUCUUCAUAAAAAUACGCCCCGAUUUUAUGCCGUUAAAAAAGACGAAACGCCCGAUCCUCAUACUCCCAGGAAGAGGAAAACUAGACACUCAAACGAUCCUCCUAUUGAACAUCAUGUCGGCUGGGUAAUGGAUGUUAAAGAACAUCGUAAUAGAACAUCCUCAAUAGGCAGUAUUGAUGCGAGUCCUAGUGAAGCAAUUUUGGCUACAAGUACAGGUAGCGUGCCCCAACAGUUACCACAUUUCCAUCAUCCUUCUCAUGCCCUUUUGAAAGAAAAUAAUUUCACACAGCAAGCUUAUUACAGAUACAAACAGCGUUGUCUUAAAGAACGAAAACGAUUUGGUAGUGGACACUCAAGUGAAAUGAACACUUUAUUUAGAUUUUGGUCGUUCUUUUUAAGAGACAACUUUAAUCGUGCAAUGUAUAAUGAAUUUAGAACGUUAGCCCUCGAAGAUGCUGAAAAUGGUUAUAGAUAUGGACUAGAGUGUUUGUUUCGGUUUUAUUCUUAUGGUUUAGAAUGCAAGUUCAGGCCCCAUCUUUAUGAAGACUUUCAACAGGAAACUAUUAAGGAUUAUGAAAACGGACAGUUAUAUGGACUUGAAAAAUUUUGGGCCUUCUUAAAGUACUAUAAAUACAGUGCUAAUUUACAAGUUGACCCUCUUUUAAAAAAGUAUCUAUCCAAAUUUAAUAGUAUAGAAGACUUCAGAGUUGUAGAACCUAAAAUAAAUGAGGUACUUAAGGAACAGCGCUUACAAGCUAUUGCGAGAAAAGAAAGAAAUCGAAGUAUUUCCGAAAGUAAUAUGCAUGCCAAUGCUGGACCUAGUCAGUCUGAUGGAAAUAUACAUGGACGUCGAUUAUUUGAUAUUUCCAGGAAAAGGGAUGAUUUUCAACCAUGUUCUAGUGUACCUACAUCAAGUCAUCUUCAUCGUCAAGCUAAUCGAACCCGUACUUACUCCGUAGGCUCAGGACGCACCCGUAGUGGCCAUGGUCCUUAUGGAACGUGGAGACAAAAGAAAGGUGAUGAAGAGGAGUAAAUUGGCUUCCAAGUUCUGCAAAGAAAAACUGUAUAUCACUUUAGUUAAGACAAAUAAUAAUAGUUUUUGUUUAAAGUACGUUUUUUUGUAAAUAUUUUAUCGUUCAGUGCCAUUGCUUUUUGUGCGUAUAUUUUCGGACUUUACACUAUAACGUUGUCUAACAUUAUUGCUUGAUAAAAGUUAACAAAUAAUAAUUACAAAACCUCAAGUUUUCAAUGAAUUAUUAAACUUGCUUCUUUAAUAAUGUUAUUGAACGAUAUAGUUCAGUUCCGCUUUUGGUUUCUAAUCACAAAAUGGCAUUAUUUGCUAAUGUUUAUUAUUCUCCCAAGUCACAUACUAUUCGCUAAAAAACAGUUUUACUUUUGUCCAGCAAUUUUCUCAAUGAAGCUUUUAGUUUUAUUGAGAAAUUGUUUUUCUCUUCUCGUUUCAGACGAUUUUUGUGUAUGUGGGAGGCAUUGAAUUACUUACUAAUAUUUUGACUUAUUAUUAGCUUUUCAUAGUGUUCGUAGUAUUUGAUAAUUUUUUUUAUUGUUAUUCACGUUUUAAUCUCCAGGGCUUUUCGUCGAUAAGCGUUUUUGUUAUACAUACUACAAAAAAAUAUAUAAAAAUAAAAAAGGGAUAUUAUACAAAAUAAAAAUACAAAAAGUUCUGCAACGGGCUCCAAGGCUUAAAAGAGAAAACAAAUAUAUAUUCCUGUCACAUACGUGUGAUUUUUUUUGUGUUAACUAUCUGUUGUAAAUAUUUUUUUUAUAGACCUACGCUAUUGUUUCUGAAAUUGCUCAAAAUUCAGAAAAUAAAUUCUAUAUUUUAUUGAAUGACGUCAUGAUAUAUGUGUACACUUAUCAACUCUUUUAGUCGAGUCCCGUAAAAAAGUUUUCGUUUAUUGCUUACUGUUUUGUCUUAUAUUUGUAAGUUGUUUAUAUGAUGUGUUUUUUAAAGUAUAGUAAUAAGGCUGAAAAGUGUAUAGCAGUUCGAUUUAUAACUGAACAUUAUUAAAAUAAUGUAUCAUGUACAAACUGGAAAAUAGUGUUUAGAAAUACAGAUUGUCAAACUAUGAUUUUGUUUUGCCUGAUAUAUAAAUCGAACUGCAACUUGCUCUAGUUAAGGUACUUGUUUCAUAAUUUUCUUUUUGAUAACUGAUAACUAAUUACUUAUUUUUAUUUUGAUCUAAAAUGAACAUUCACAUCAAAAGUUGCCUAUCUUAUCACAAUAAUAUUUCUAGCAGAUCUAUUGAAAAAUGAACAUUAUGUAGAAUAAUCGUUAUUAGCUAAUGUGGGGGAUACUUAGUGAUAAUGCAUAAUGUAUUAGCUAAUAACAUAGAUAACAAUGGCAGUAAACUUAUCAUUAUAAUAUACGCUUUAAAAUGUU